AUGACUGUUUCGUACACCCUCAAAGUGGCAGAGGCCCGCUUUGGAGGCUUCUCCAGCCUGCUGCUCCGCUGGAGGGGCAGCAUCUACAAGCUCCUCUACAAGGAGUUCCUACUCUUUGCCGCUCUGUAUGCCAGCCUCAGUGUCACCUACCGGUUGCUGCUGACCCAGGAGCAGAGGCACGUGUAUGCCCAGGUGGCCCGAUACUGCAACCGCUCGGCCGAGCUCAUCCCCUUGUCCUUUGUGCUGGGUUUCUACGUGACUCUGGUGGUGAACCGCUGGUGGUCUCAGUACACAAGCAUCCCUCUGCCGGAUCAGCUGAUGUGCGUCAUCUCGGCCAGCGUCCACGGCCAGGACCAGCGGGGCCGCCUGCUACGCCGCACCCUCAUCCGCUACGCCAACCUGGCUUCCGUGCUGGUGCUGCGCUCCGUCAGCACCCGCGUGCUCAAGCGCUUCCCCACCAUGGAGCACGUGGUGGAUGCAGGUUUCAUGUCCCAGGAAGAGAGAAAAAAGUUUGAGAGCCUGAAAUCCGACUUCAACAAAUACUGGGUGCCCUGCGUCUGGUUCACCAACCUGGCGGCCCAGGCCCGGAGGGAGGGGCGCGUCCGUGAUGACAUCGCUCUCUGCCUACUUCUGGAAGAGCUGAACAAGUACCGUGGCAAGUGCAGCAUGCUGUUCCACUAUGACUGGAUCAGUAUCCCCCUCGUCUACACCCAAGUGGUGACCAUAGCCGUGUACUCCUUCUUUGGCCUCUCCCUGGUUGGCCUCCAGUCUGUGGAGCCAGAGGCGGGGGCUGCCAACAGUCCAGAGCUUCUGGAGCCGGGGCCAGCCGUGGGAGACCUGGACAUGUACGUGCCUCUCACCACUCUGCUGCAGUUCUUCUUCUAUGCUGGCUGGCUCAAGGUGGCUGAACAGAUCAUCAACCCCUUUGGUGAGGAUGAUGAUGACUUUGAGACCAACCAGCUCAUAGACCGCAACCUGCAGGUGUCCCUGCUGUCUGUGGACGACAUGUACCAGAAUCUGCCCCCCGCCGAGAAGGACCCAUACUGGGACGAGGACCAGCCGCAGCCGCCAUACACUGUGGCCACAGCGGCCGAGUCGCUGCGGCCCUCCUUCCUGGGCUCCACCUUCAACCUGCGCAUGAGCGACGAGCCGGAGCUGUCCCUGCAGGUAGAGGCGUCCCCGGCGGCCGCUCGGCCCGCGCCCGCUGCGCAGACUCCGCUGCUCGGCCGUCUGCUGGGCGCACGAGCGCCCUCCCCUGCCAUCAGCCUCCGGAACUUUGGUCGGGCACGAGGUGCCCCAUGGACCCCGCACCUGCUGCGCUUCCGGGCGGAGGAGGGCGGCGACCCUGAGAUCGCAGCUCGCAUCGAAGAGGAGGGGUCGCAGUCCGGGGAUGAGGCCCUUGAGCCCUGAAGGCUACUCGCCCGCCCCUGGGGCGGGGAGCUGUUCCUGCCAGCGCAGUUCCACCCAUGGCCCAUUCCCGGCUGGCCCCGCACUGCCCGCCAGCGCUGUUAGAGAAGUUUUUCCUGUGUAGCCCGGGCAGGAGCAUUUAGGGAAGGACCUUGAGAGAUGGCGGGAAGGGCCUGAGUCUGGGUGGGAGUCUCCACUUUGGCGAGAGAGAAUAGGAUGGAUUGCUGGGAGCAGGUGACACUGGAAGGACUCCGGAGGCCGCUCAGAGAACUAACGCCCACUUGCAUGGUUAGUGUCCUGGGCCACCUGCA